CAGGCUUCUGAGGAAUUCAAAGCGAUUGCGAUUCGCUUGUACGAGAAACCAAAUUCGAUUGAGGAGCUCACCGAAGUGCGGGAAUGGAUUUCCACCAUUCCCGACAGGCUAGAAGAGCGGCAGGAAGGCAUAGACAAAGCGAUGUCUGAUUAUGAACUGAUUGACGCCUUCUUCUACAACCUGUCGGCGGACGACUUCAACGCAAAGUGGACUACAAUCGGCUGGCCACACAAGAUCAGGCAAAUGAUCAUUCAGGUAGAGAAGAAUUUGGAGGAGGAUGAAGAGCGGUUCCGUAAAUUACAAAUAUCUGAAUCCUCCGCGUUCAGUGAUAAGAUUGACACACUCACGAUGAUGGUGUCAUCCAUGGCAUCAUACACGGAAAUCAGCAAGGCGCAGGAGGUGGCCAACGAAGUGCGACGCAUCUACAAACAGCUUCUGGACGCUCAGGCACUGGCUGGAACUUACAACAAUAGGGAGAGGCUAUUCGGAUUGCCAAGUACUAAUUAUGACAAAAUUCCACGCCUACUGAAGGAUUUUGAACCCUUCAAGAACUUGUGGCUCAGUGUGGCAGACUGGCUGAAGACGCAGGAAGCCGUGAUGAAUGAUCCCCUGACCUCGAUUGACGCAGAACAGGUGGAGAAGCAGAUACAAGAGAGUUACAAGACGAUGCAUAAGUCUGUUCGUAUCUUCCAUGAACUUCCGGGAGUGCAGGAAGUGGCUAAUCAAAUCAAAAUGGCAAUCGAAGAAUUCAAGCCUUUCGUUCCGCUCAUUCAGGGCCUGCGCAACCCAGGUAUGCGCAAACGCCAUUGGGACGAGUUGAGUGAAAUGUUGGGUGUGAGUAUUGUGCCAAAGUCAACGCUCACUUUUGCAAAAUGUCUGGAAAUGCGCCUCCAGGACCACAUCGAGACCAUUGCCAAGGUUGCGGAAGUAGCCGGAAAAGAAUACUCCAUCGAAAGUGCACUCAACAAGAUGGUCUCCGAAUGGCAAACUGUCGUGUUCGAGGUGAUACCCUACAAGGACACAGGUACUUGUAUCAUUAAGAUUGGUGACGACGUCAACCAGUUGUUGGACGACCACGUAGUGAUGACUCAAGCGAUGAAUUUUUCGCCGUACAAAAAGCCGUUUGAGGAGCGCAUAGCCCAGUGGGAAGCGAAGCUGCACACAACUCAGGACGUGCUGGAUGAAUGGACCAUGUGCCAAAGACAGUGGCUCUACUUGGAGCCGAUUUUCAGCUCAGAGGACAUUAAUCGACAACUGCCGGUCGAAAGCAAACGAUACUCCACUAUGGACAGAAUUUGGCGCAAAGUAAUGAAGCAGGCAGCUGACCAACCCCAAGUGAUAACACUCUGCCCUGAUCCAAGAUUACUGAACAGUCUGAGGGAGUGUAAUCGUCUACUGGAUCAGGUACAGAAAGGGUUGAGCGAGUAUUUGGAAACCAAGCGCCAGGCAUUUCCACGCUUUUACUUCUUGUCUGAUGACGAAUUGUUGGAGAUCCUGUCGCAGACCAAGGAUCCGACAGCUGUCCAACCUCAUUUGCGGAAAUGCUUCGAGAACAUUGCCAAGCUCACCUUCAAAAAGAAUCUGGAAAUCACUGCUAUGCACUCUUCUGAAGGUGAGGUGGUGAAUUUCGAGCAAUGCACAUUUCCAACUGGUAAUGUGGAAGAAUGGAUGUUGGAGAUUGAGAAACUUAUGCGUCUCUCGUUAAAAGCGAUCAUUGGCCGAUCCUUGGUGGCGUAUCAGAAAACUCCGCGUACAGAGUGGGUUUUGAACUGGCCUCAACAGGUGGUGAUCGCCGGAUCUCAGACUUAUUGGACAAGCGAAGUGACCUCAGCCAUCGCGACAGGCGCACUAGCCCAACUGUAUCCGAAGUUACUAAAACAGCUGGAUGGCUUACGUCAGUUGGUACAUGGCGAACUCACGAAGCUUGGACGCAUGACGUUGUCUGCUCUGAUUGUGAUCGAGGUUCACGCACGUGAUGUGGUGGCUCGAAUGAUGGAGGAGGGAGUGAAGAACGUGAACGACUUCGAAUGGAUUAGUCAACUGCGUUACUAUUGGAAUACGGAGCAGGAAGAUUUGAAGCUACGUGCGGUUAACGCUGAGUUCAAUUAUGGCUACGAGUAUCUUGGCAACACAACGCGACUUGUCAUCACUCCGUUGACGGAUAGGUGCUAUCUGACGUUAACGGGUGCCCUACACUUGAAGUUCGGUGGGGCUCCAGCUGGGCCAGCGGGAACAGGAAAGACAGAGACCACCAAAGACCUGGGCAAAGCGUUUGCAGUUCAGUGUGUGGUAUUCAACUGCUCGGAUCAAUUGGACUUCAUGGCUAUGGGCAAGUUCUUCAAGGGUCUGGCUUCCGCUGGCGCCUGGGCAUGCUUUGAUGAAUUCAACCGAAUCGAUAUCGAAGUUUUGUCCGUGGUCGCACAGCAAAUCACCACCAUUCAGAAAGCACAACAACAACGAUUGGAACGUUUCAUAUUUGAAGGAGACGAAUUGGUACUGAAGCCAUCGUGCGCCGUAUUCAUCACAAUGAAUCCAGGUUACGCUGGCCGUACUGAGCUGCCAGAUAACCUGAAGGCCCUUUUCCGACCAGUGGCCAUGAUGGUACCGGAUUAUGCGCUGAUUGCGGAGAUAUCGCUGUUCUCCUUCGGAUUCUCUGACGCACGUCUUCUGGCGAAAAAGAUUGUUACAACAUUUAAAUUGUCAUCGGAACAGCUGAGCACACAGGAUCACUACGACUUUGGAAUGAGAGCAGUGAAAAGUGUAAUAUCAGCGGCUGGAAAUCUGAAAAGACUAAGUCCUGAAAUGGACGAGGAUCUGGUCUGUUUGCGGGCAAUACGCGAUGUCAAUGUGCCCAAGUUCUUAUCCGAUGACCUGAAGCUGUUCAAUGGCAUAGUGUCCGACCUGUUCCCCAACAUCAGAUUCCUCAUGGAAACUCCUGUGGACCAUGGUGAUUUGUCUCUAGCGUUGAAGACUUCGUGUGGGAAAAUGGGAUUGCUCGAUGUAGAAGCGUUCCUACACAAAUGCAUUCAACUCUACGAGACGACCGUGGUUCGACAUGGUCUUAUGCUCAUUGGACCCACUGGCUCUGGGAAGACAAAGUGCUACCAAGUUCUCCAAAACGCACUUACUUCAUUGCGAGGGAAGAGAUCGCCCGAUGGAGGGUUUUUCCAAACAGUGCACACUUACGUUUUGAAUCCCAAGUCCAUCACGAUGGGUCAGCUGUACGGCGAGUUUGACCUGCUUACGCACGAGUGGACAGAUGGAAUUUUGAGCACCCUUAUCCGCCAGGGAGUGAGUGCCGCAGAUGAGGACAAACGCUGGUUUGUUUUCGACGGCCCAGUAGAUGCAGUUUGGAUUGAAAACAUGAACACAGUGCUAGACGACAACAAAAAGCUUUGUUUGAGCAGUGGUGAAAUCAUCAAACUAACGGAGGGGAUGACGAUGAUGUUCGAGGUGGCAGACUUGGCGGUGGCCUCUCCGGCAACCGUCAGUCGGUGCGGUAUGAUUUAUCUAGAUCAGAACAUACUGGGUCUGGAUCCGUUUGUCCAGUGCUGGAUCAGGAAGUUGCCGGACGCCAUCUUCACUCACAGAGAAAAACUGCUCUCCUUGUUUGAACUUUACAUGAAGGAGACUCUUCAGUUCGUGAGAACGGAAACGAAGGAAGUCAUUCCGACAACCGACGGUCAACUCUGUUUCAGUCUACUGAGAAUGUUGGAAUGCUUCUUUUUACCGUUUACACCGAAAGAGGCCCCGAUGAGCAAGAGCAAGAAAAUACAAACAGACAAAGUGAAAAAUCUCAAAGCCCCGCUUCGACCGAUGCUCAUGGAUGAUAAAGCAAAUCAUGUAACGGAAGAUGUGCUAGUUCGUAUUGGCCAAGCCUUGGAGCCUUGGUUCAUCUUCUCCUUGGUGUGGUCAUUCGGGGCUACUUGCAACAAUGAUGGCAGAGCCAAAUUCAAUGCGUAUUUGCGGCGGAAAAUGAAGGAACUGAAGAGCAUCUUACCCUUCCCAGAAGAAGGCACAGUGUAUGACUAUCGAUUUGAUGAUGGCGGUUUAUUGCAAGGGAACACCCGAGACGAUGACGACGAGGAUGUGGAGAGAAAGAUGUGCUGGGUGCAUUGGAUGCACAACGUUCCCGAAGUGACUAUUCCACCGGAUGUGCGUUAUUCCGAUAUCAUUGUGCCCACCGUGGAUACGGUGCGUUGUGGACAUCUGAUUGAAAUGCUGUUGCUGGCGAAAAAACCUGUUCUCUGUAUUGGCCCCACCGGGACGGGAAAAACGAUGACAAUUAUGCACAAGCUCACACGUAACAUGCCAAAAGAAUACUUACCAGAAUGCCUUGUUUUCAGUGCGAAGACCACCGCACGCCAGACUCAAGAGCUAAUCGAUAGCAAGCUGGACAAACGGCGAAAGCAAGUGUACGGACCGCCGAUGGGCCGGUUUCUGGUGUUUUUCAUUGAUGAUCUGAACAUGCCUGCUCUUGAGGUUUUCGGCGCUCAGCCCCCAAUCGAGCUGAUUCGUCAGUGGAUGGACUUCGGUGGAUGGUACGACUCGAAGAACAUCGGAGAGUUCCGCAAGCUUGUUGAUGUGAACUUUAUAGGUGCCAUGGGUCCACCAGGUGGUGGACGCAACCCCGUUACGCCGCGCCUAACGAGACACUUUAACUUUUUGGCUUACAAUGAACUGGAUGAACAAAGUAUGCGAACCAUCUUCGGUGUGGUGCUCAAAUCAUGGCUGUCUCGACCAGGCUCAGACAAACCUGCUGCACAGCUCCUGCAGCACGCGGAUGCUCUUGUACAAGCUUCCAUCGAAGUAUACACAACAAUUCAAUCGCAACUUCUACCAACCCCGGCCAAGAGUCACUACACUUUUAACAUGCGUGACCUGUCAAAAGUGUUCCAAGGCAUGCUAAUGGUGGAACCUGGCAGUUUGACUGGUAGUCUGGAGCAGUUGCUUCGUUUGUGGUUCCAUGAGUCGUCUCGAGUGUUCCAAGAUCGCCUUGUCAACGAGACGGAUCGUGGCUGGUUCCGUGAUUUGAUCAGCACCAAAUCCAAGGAGGCAUUCCAACUUACCAUAGCUGAUUACGUUAAGUCUGAACCACUGUUGUAUGGUGAUUUCUUAACCGCUGCUGCAAGUGAUGUGUGGAAAUACAUCGAAAUGACAGAUCACUCGCAGGUGCUUCAAGUGAUCGAAGAAAAUCUGGAAGAUUACAACCAAGUCAACACGGCCAAAAUGAAUCUGGUUCUCUUCAUGUACGCGGUGGAACACAUUUGCCGCAUCGCGCGUAUCAUUCGACAACCUCAGGGCAACGCUCUUCUGUUGGGCAUGAGCGGCAGUGGUCGCCAGAGCCUGACCCGACUGGCAGCACACAUGGCCGAGUACGAGUGCUUCCAGAUCGAAUUGUCCAAAACCUAUGGGUUCACAGAGUGGCGCGAAGAUUUGAAGAAGAUUAUGCUCACUGCUGGUAUAGAUGACAAUCCAGUGAUCUUCUUAUUCUCGGACACUCAGAUCAAAUCGGAAUCAUUCCUGGAAGACAUCAACAACAUCCUGAAUGCUGGUGAUGUGCCCAAUAUUUACAGUCUCGACGAUCUUGACAAAAUCUAUGACGCCAUGAAGUCAAUAGUCAGUGAGCGAGGAUUACAACCAACAAAAACCAAUCUAUUCAACUGUUACACUAAGCGAGUUCGUGACAACCUCCACACCGUAAUCACCAUGAGCCCGCUUGGUGAGGUAUUCCGUGCUCGUCUGCGACAAUUCCCCGCGCUUGUCAAUUGCUGCACGAUCGACUGGUUUAGUGAAUGGCCUUCAGAGGCACUGGAGUCUGUUGCACUCCGUAUACUGCGACAAAUGACCGAUUUGGAUGUGCAUGAAAGUGUGCUUGAAGCGUUGGUGAAGACGUGCAUCGAUUUGCAUCAAUCUGUGAUGCACCACACCGAGCUUAUGAAACAAGAGUUGAACCGACACAAUUACGUCACUCCGACCAGUUUCUUAGAAUUGUUAGGCGUGUUUUCCAAAAUCUACGGAAUGAAAAAGCAAGAAGUGAUCGCCGCUCGAAACAGAACGAAGACCGGUUUGGACAAACUUCUUUCCACCGAGGAAGUGGUCUCAAAGUUGCAAGAAGAGCUGGAGGUGAUGAAACCAGAGCUGGAGAAAGCUGUGGAAGAAUCCAAAGUGACCAUGGAAGAGAUAGCGCGUGAUUCCAAGAUUGCCGAAGAGACACAGAAAGUGGUGUUGCAUGAGGAGCAACAAGCAACGAAGAAAGCCAAAGAAUGCGAAAUAAUACGUGAUGAUGCUCAACGCGAUCUGGACGAAGCGAUGCCCGCAUUGUACGAAUCUCUAGAGGCCUUGAAGGCAUUGAAUAAAAACGAUAUCACGGAGGUACGUGCCAUGAUGAGACCUCCGGAAGGCGUGCGUCUCGUCAUUGAGACAGUUUGUAUCAUGAAAGAUGUGAAACCAAAGAAAGUGGCUGGCGAUAAGCCGGGUGUCAAGGUUGACGAUUACUGGGAACCAGGAAAAACACUGCUCCAAGAUCCAGGCAAAUUUUUAGACUCGUUACUCAACUUCGACAGAGAUAACAUUCCGGACAGCAUUAUUAGCAAAAUUAAACCCUAUAUUGAGUCUGAAAGCUUUACACCAGCGGCGAUUUCAAAAGUCAGUAAGGCCUGCACAAGUAUAUGUCUUUGGGUCCGCGCUAUGUACAAAUACCAUCAUGUUGCGAAGAAUGUAGCUCCCAAACGUCAGGCUCUGCGUGCCUCCGAGCUGGAGCUCGAAGAGACGGAGAAAAUAUUGCAGGAAGCACGAAAUCGCCUGGUGGCUUGCGAAGAGCGUAUUGCCAGUCUACAAAGCAAGUACGAUGAAUGUAUUCGCCGUCAGCGUGAGUUGGAGGAGAAGAGUCAGUUGUGCGAAGCCCGAUUGGUUCGUGCGGACAAGUUAAUUGGGGGACUAGGCAGUGAAAAACUGCGAUGGCAAGAAGCGGUGGUCAAGUUUGAUCAUUUACUGCAAAAUCUUGUGGGAAAUGCGUUGUGCUCAGCCGGUACUGUGGCUUACCUCGGACCGUUCCCCGGCAAAUAUCGCGCAGAAAUGUCUCGUGAAUGGGUUUCAAAGCUGCAAGCCAACGGGGUACCACAUACAACCGACCCAGCUCCAACCUUGGUUCAGACUUUUGGUGACCCUGUGAAAAUACGCAACUGGCACAUUUCCGGCCUCCCUAAAGAUGUGCGUUCCAUUGAAAACGCCGUGCUGGUCCAUUUCUCCCGUAGAUGGCCACUGUUCAUCGAUCCUCAGGGCCAAGCCAAUAAGUGGGUCAAGGCUUUAGGUUCACAAGCUGGAAUGACUGUGAUCAAAAUGACUGACAAAGACUUUUUGAGAAGCCUGGAAAACUCCAUACGAUUUGGGAAGCCAUGUUUGUUGGAAAACGUUGGAGAAGAACUCGACCCAGCUUUGGAGCCAAUUCUGUUGAGACAGACUUACAAACAUCAAGGAGCCACUGUCAUCAAAUUGGGUGACGCAGUGAUUCCUUACCACGAAGAUUUUCAUUUUUACGUCACCACCAAGUAUCCCAAUCCGAACUACAAGCCAGAAGUUUCAACCAAGGUUACGCUGGUAAACUUCACUCUGUCACCCGAUGGUUUGGAAGACCAGUUGCUCGGAAUUGUUGUGGCCGAGGAAAGGCCUGAUCUGGAAGAGAUGAAGAAUCAGUUAAUAGUAGGUAAUGCAAAAAUGAAACAAGAGCUGAAGGAGAUUGAAGACAGAAUUCUAGAGCGACUGAGUGCCACGGAAGGCUCCCCGGUGGAUGAUGUGGAUUUGAUCCAAACCUUAGAGGCGUCCAAACUCAAAUCGAGCGAGAUACAAGCAAAAGUUGUAAUCGCUGAGCAAACGGAACACGACAUCGAUGAGACGCGCAGUAAAUACAUCCCUGUAGCUGUACGCACGCAAAUUUUAUUUUUUUGCGUUGCCGAUCUGGCCAACAUCGAUCCGAUGUACCAGUACUCUUUGGAGUGGUUCGUGAACAUCUUUCUACAUGGAAUUUUGAAUGCAGACAAAGCUGACAAUGUACCACAGCGUGUGAAGAAUAUUAACAACUUCUUCACGUUUAGCCUGUACACCAACGUCUGUCGCAGUCUAUUUGAGAAACACAAGUUGAUGUUCGCAUUUUUGGUGGCCAUCCGCAUUCUGCAGAACGAAGGCUUAAUCAAUGCAGACGAGUAUCGUUAUCUGCUGGCUGGCGGAACCCACAAACCACGUGAGGUCCCCAAUCCGGCGCCGGAAUGGAUUUCAGAUCGUAUGUGGGGCGACAUACUCACUUUGACUGCGCUACCAGCUUUUGCCACAUUACCGGAAAGUGUGACUGCAAAUCGGGACGGAUUCAAAGCCAUUUUCGACUCAGCCGAACCCCACAGAGCAAUAUUUCCAGACCCAUGGCAAAAGAAUUUGGACAGUUUUCAACGCAUUCUGCUGCUACGGUGUCUACGCUCGGACAAAGUGACGAAUGCCAUGCAAGAUUUUGUCACUCACCAUUUGGGUCAGCGGUUCGUGGAGCCUCAAACCACAGCGCUGCCCGAAGUGUUCAAGGAUAGUUCUCCAUCCGCUCCGCUGAUCUUUGUGUUGUCACAGGGUACGGAUCCGGCUUCGGAUUUGUACAAGUUCGCCGAUGAGAUGCGUUUUGGAGGCAAGAAACUGUCGGCAAUUUCCCUUGGUCAAGGACAAGGGCCACGUGCUGAAGAACUUAUGCGCGCAGCUAUGGAACGAGGAAUUUGGGUGUUCUUCCAAAAUUGUCAUCUCGCACCAUCGUGGAUGCCCACAUUGGAGCGCCUAGUGGAGCAAAUAGACAAAGAUCGAGUACAUCGCGAUUUUCGUCUAUGGCUCACCAGCAUGCCCAGUGCCGAUUUCCCGGUUUAUAUACUGCAAAACGGAUCUAAAAUGACUGUCGAACCACCCAGAGGUUUGAAGGCCAAUCUGAUGAGGACGUAUACAUCCAUAGAUGAGAAUUAUUUGAACAAUGUACCGGAUAAGAACAUCGCAUUCAGACACCUGCUCCUUUCGCUGGCCUUUUUCAACGGUGUCCUAAUAGAGCGGAAGAAAUUCGGCCCACUUGGAUUUAACAUUCCGUACGAGUUCACCACCGGUGAUUUGAGGAUAUGUAUGGACCAACUGGUCAUGUUCUUGACAGAGUACGCAGACAUCCCGUACAAGGUACUACGCUACACCGCCGGACACAUCAACUACGGCGGCCGAAUCACGGAUGAUUGGGACAGACGAUGCACAAUGAGUAUUCUCGGUGACUUCUACAACAGUCGUGUACUACGAGAGGACCACUCCUACUCUCCGUCUGGGAUCUAUCAUCAGCUGCCCGAUAUGGCCGAUCAUGCUACACACUUGGAGUACAUUCGGUCGCUACCGAUAAACGAUCCACCGGAGAUUUUUGGCCUCCACGACAAUGCCAACAUCACGUUCGCACAAAAUGAGACAUUCGCUCUGUUGAGCUGCCUUCUUCAACUGCAGCCGCGCUCAACUGCAGCUGCAGGACAGGGGCCACAGCGUGAAGACAUCGUGGAACAGCUCGGUCGAUUUUUGUUAAUAAAGACACCGACGUUGUUCGAUCUUCAGGCGGUGACCGAGAAGUAUCCGGUCAUGUACGAACAAUCCAUGAACACGGUGCUAACACAAGAAGUGGUACGAUACAACAACCUAUUGGACACCAUUCAUGCAACAUUGAAUGACUUGAUGAAAGCUCUCAAAGGUUUGGUUGUCAUGUCUGCCAGUCUGGAAGAAAUGGCCGGCUCAUUGUUCAACAACCGAGUGCCGACCGUGUGGGCAAACAAGGCGUAUCCAAGCCUCAAACCGCUGGCCACUUGGAUAGAAGAUCUCAUUAUGCGGGUACAGUUCAUACAACACUGGAUCGACAACGGCAUCCCAUCGGUAUUCUGGAUAAGUGGCCUCUACUUCCCUCAAGCGUUCCUGACUGGAAUAUUGCAAAAUUAUGCUCGCAAAAUGCUCAUUUCCGUGGACACAAUUUCGUUUGAUUUUCGGGUGAUGGACGAAGAUGCCGAACUGACAGAAGUCCCAGCAGAUGGCAGCUAUAUUCGCGGCUUGUUCCUCGAAGGUGCUCGUUGGGAUUACAAACGCCGAGUUCUGGGAGAAUCCAGACCCAAGGAGUUGUAUGCGAACAUGCCCGUUAUCUGGUUGCUCCCGGUGGCGAAUCGUAAGCCUCCAGCGAAGGGAGUUUAUGAAUGCCCAGUCUACAAGACAUUGACAAGAGCCGGUGUACUGUCAACCACUGGUCAUUCCACAAACUUUGUGUUCGCCAUCGACAUCCCGUCAGACAAGGAACAGAAGCACUGGAUCCAGCGUGGAGUUGCACUCCUUUGCUCCCUAAAUUACUGAUAGAACAAAUGCAAAGCGAACUAACUGACUGGCCCUAAAUCCGUCCCAGAAUUGCUGUGAACUCUUCCACAGUACCAAAGGCAGAACGGUAUCCAGUCAGCAUAUCAGCGCCUCUGAAACAUUCAAUUCUCUCAACCAAAGACGAAAUUUGGUUACCAGAUCCUUACAGUCAGUAAACGACUGCAACUCCCUUACUUUUACACACAAAGGUAUGGUUUGCGUGCAAUUUUGGGGCCCUUCAUCCCCCUAACCCACUUGUAAGAUUAUGAGAAUAAAUGGAUAGAAUUAACAG